UAUUUAGACAGAGGCUUAAAUCCAGUCAUCUCCACCAUGAAGGCUUUCACUAUUCUCCUCCUUGUUGUCAUCGCUAGCGUCUAUGUUGCUGCUCAGUUUGAGGGAGGCCUUGGAGGAGCCGCUGGAGGCCUUACAGGAGCCGCUGGAGGAGGCCAUGGAGGAGCCGCUGGAAAUGUUGGUGGAGAUGUUCAUGUACCAGAGGUAGAUUCUGGCAACGAUGGAGGUCUUUUGGGUGGUGUUGGCGAUAUAGUUGGCAAUAUCGUAUGAUCUUCCUCUCUGUGCAGGCUCCACAAUGGAUUCCUGACCAGGACCGGCCAAGUCCUCACAAUGAAUUUCCCCCCUAAUGAUUUAGUUUCCUCUCCUUUUAUGAUUCUUUAUAUUCUCUCUAUGAUUUCUCUUCCUUCUAUGUCUUAUAAUCAAUAAAGUAGAAAAG